AGCGUGAUGAUUUGUGCCAUGGUAGCCGUGAUAGUGGUACAGGAGACAGUGUUGCGGCUGACCAUGAUGGUGGGGAUGCCAAUGGUGGUGUGGCUGGCGGCGAUAAAAAGACUGAUGGUGGUGGCAAGGGUUGGGCUAGCGGUGGUGGUGGGGACUAGGGAAGAUGGUCGGAGCAUUGACGGUGAAGGGGUAGUAGUGGGGCUCAAGUUGGCGGUGGGGACUGGCGAAGGUCAGAACAGGGACGGUCAGCUUCCUCAUUCAUUCACUAGCCUUUUUAAGGGCAUAUUAGUCAUUUGAACUCAUAAGUCAACCAUUCAAAAAAAUGAGAAAAAAUCCAAAUGGGAAAGUUUUUCUCGGAUGGAGGGAGUAUAUUAAUCAGUCGAUCUCCUCUCUUUUUAUUAUUUUCAACAUUUAAUUCUUAGACAAUUUGGUAUGAAUCACACCAUGACACCCACUCAUCACUUCAUCCCACUCAACAUCAUUCAAUGUCACGUCAGCUUUUCUCUUUU